AUGCCUCUCGCCGCCCGUACCGCGAGCCUCUCGCGCGCCACAAACGAGACCAAGAUCCAGAUCUCUCUUUCCCUUGACGGCGGCGUCCUCCCGCCCUUCGAACCCUCAACCCACUUCCCCGCCCCCUCAGACCCCCAAGAGGCCGAAGCUGCCAAAAAGGGCAUCGUCCCUAUCAAAGAAGCCAAACAUGCCACCCAAUUCACCCCGACCCAGCAAAUCACCAUUAGCACCGGCAUCGGCUUCCUCGACCACAUGUUGCACGCGCUCGCCAAGCACGGUGGUAUGAGUCUGGCAGUGCGCGCCAAGGGUGAUCUAUACAUCGAUGAUCACCACACCACGGAAGACACAUUCCUCGCGCUCGGCGAAGCAUUCACUCAAGCGCUCGGUGCGCGCCAAUCGCUUGAGCGAUUCGGUCGCGGCGACGCCCCCCUCGACGAGGCACUCUCAUGGGCCGUCAUCGAUCUCUCAAGUCGCCCGUGGGCAGUCAUUGAUCUUGGCUUCAAGCGCGAGAAGAUCGGCGAUCUGAGCACUGAGAUGAUCACACACGGACUGCAGAGCUUUGCACAGGCCGCUGGCGUGACCCUGCACGUCGGUUGCACCUACGGCGACAACGACCACCACCGCGCUGAGAGCGCGUUUAAGGCCCUCGCUGUCGCUAUCCGCAAUGCCUGCAAGCGUCGCGUUGCCGGCGACGUUGGUGCCGGCGAUGUUGUCAGCACCAAGGGCGUGUUGUAA